ACCCUUAGCGAUCUCUAAGCAUAAAACCAAAUAAAGCUCACCAACUCUGGCUCCCUAAAAAAAAUCCCAACAACUCUGGUCAAUCGCAGUCUCUUGGGAGUUGAACAUGCCUAGUCUAGAAGAAACAUGGGGAGAGAUUUAGGUCGUAGAUGUUAAGGGAGGCCAGCCACCCUGAAGUCACAUGCCAUCUAUUUAUUUAAAGCAGCUACCCCAAAGAUUGAAGAAGAAGAAGAAGAACAACAAGAAGAAGAGUUUGGAUUUGAUAUCCCGCUUUAUCACUACCCGAAGGAGUCUCAAAGCGGCUAACAUUCUCCUUUCCCUUCCUCCCCCACAACAGACACCCUGUGAGGUGGGUGGGGCUGAGAGACUUCAGAGAAGUGUGACUAGCCCAAGGUCACCCAGCAGCUGCAUGUGGAGGAGCGGAGACGCGAACACUGCUCCCCAGAUUACGAGUCUACCACUCUUAACCACUACACCACACUGCUCUCUCUUGAGGCAGGUUUUGAUAUUUAAACUCCUAGAACCCCCCAAGCUGAACAAAUUCUUCCCAUGCCCUUUCUGUCCUCUGUAGGCAGUGCAGUGACCCCGCUUGAGAGCUAGGAACCCCAGAAGUGGCAGAGUUUGCAUCUCCUUGUUCCGAAGCCGGCACAAUGGCCUCAGAGGCAAUACCUGGGUCCUCUCUUCUCUUGGGUGGAGUAGAAACAGCUGCCAGGCAUCUGCCUCAAGUAGGGGGCAGAGAAUCAGUCUGCAUACCUCCCUCUCUGUUCAGUGAUUAUCUGUUUUGCAUUUGCCCUGCAAGAUGCCGAAAUCACCUAAUAAAUGAAACCACACAUAUGACUACCCUGCUAUUCUUCUUCCAGGCUCUCUUGACCUUUGAGGAGGUGGCUGUUUUUGUUUUUUUCAUGGAGAAGGAGUGGGCCCUGCUGGAUCCCAGCCAAAGAGCUCUGCACAGGGAAGUCAUGGAAGAAAAUUAUGAGACCGUCACCUCUCUUGGACCAGCCCUGAAUUACUGUUCAGAAGAUCCCAAAGAAGAAGAAAGUGCAGCAGAUGGUGGGCAGAACACUGGGAAUUACGGAGUGCCAUCUGUGGUGUUGUUGGAAACAUCUGUGCGAGAAGCAGGAAAAGAAUUGUUCGGGAAGUUAAGAGGACAAAAAAGGGACGAAGGAAAACAAUCAAAGAAUGGGAAGAAGAAAUCUGCAGGUUCUUGGGGUACUGGUGUCCGUGAAUUCCUGAUCCUACAAAAAGAUGUCAAAGGAAACAACACAGGGGGAAAUAGAUAUAAAUCAACAUUAAAAACAUGUAGCAGAACCCACACAGGGGCAAAGCCAUUUAAAUGCAUGAAGUGUGGAAAGAGCUUCAGCAGGAGCUAUAGCCUUACUUUGCAUCGAAGAACCCACACAGGGGAGAAGCCUUUUAAAUGUGAGGAGUGUGGAAAGAGUUUCAGUCAGAGCAGUAGCCUUAGUACACAUCAGAGAACACACACAGGGGAGAAACCAUUCAAAUGCGUGGAAUGUGGAAAGAGCUUCAGUGUUAGCAACAGGCUUUCUUUGCAUCAAAGAACACACACAGGGGAGAAGCCAUAUACAUGCGCGGAGUGUGGAAAGAGCUUCAGUGACAGCUGUAGCCUCAGUAGACACCAGAGAACACACACAGGGAAUAAACCAUUCCAAUGCAUGGAAUGUGGAAAGAGCUUCAGUGAUAGCAAUAGUCUUUCCUUACAUCAAAGAACACACACAGGGGAGAAACCAUUUAAAUGCAAGGAGUGUGGAAAGAGAUUCAGUGAGAACAGGGCUCGUAUUGUGCAUGAAAGAAUACACACGGGGGAGAAACCACUUAAAUGCAAGGAGUGUGGAAAGCGCUUCCGGUCUCACAGUAACCUUACUGUACAUCGAAGAACCCAUACGUGAGAGAGGCCGUUCUCGAUAUAGCUGUCCAUGGAGGCGCAGGUUAAAUCUGUAUCCAGGGCAGCUGUUUAUCAGGUCCAUCUGGUACGCAGGCUGGGACCCUACCUGCCCGCGGACUGUCUCGCCAGAGUGGUGCAUGCUCUAAGUUAUCUCCCGCUUGGACUACUGCAAUGCGCUCUACGUGGGGCUACCUUUGAAGGUGACCCGGAAACUACAACUAACCCAGAAUGCGGCAGCUAGACUGGUGACUGGGAGCAGCCGCCGAGACCACAUAACACCGGUCUUGAAAGACCUGCAUUGGCUCCCAGUAUGUUUCCGAGCACAAUUCAAAGUGUUAGUGCUGACCUUUAAAGCCCUAAACGGCCUCGGUCCAGUAUACCUGUAGGAGCGUCUCCACCCCCGUUGCUCAGCCCAGACACUGAGAUCCAGCGCCGAGGGCCUUCUGGCGGUUCCCUCACUGCGAGAAGCUAAGCUACAGGGAACCAGGCAGAGGGCCUUCUCGGUAGUGGCACCCGCCCUGUGGAACGCCCUCCCACCAGAUGUCAAAGAGAAAAACAACUACCAGACUUUUAGAGGACACCUGAAGGCAGCCCUGUUUAGGGAAGCUUUUAAUCUUUAAGAAAUUAGUGUAUUUUAAUAUUUCUGUUGGAAGCCGCCCAGAGUGGCUGGGGAAACCCAGCCAGAUGGGUGGGGUAUAAAUAAUAAUAAAUUAUUAUUAUUAUUAUUAUUAUUAUUGCCCCCAUAAAAACUCCACCACGCCCUUUUUUGGUGCGAUUUUGCCAAAACCUUUGGGCAAGAAAAGGAAAAGGAAAAAGGGAAGCUCAACAACGUUGCCCAAGAAAAUCUCAACAACUUUUCUGUUCAGAUUUUCAGUGUUGGAAAUAUGGCAACCCUAGAGUGGCACAAACAUCAGAGAGGGCACAUCAAGAAAGAAAUCGUUUAAAUGUGUGCAAUGUGGAAAGAGCUUUAAUGUGAAGUGGUAACUUCACAUUUAAUUGCAGCUUAAUAGAAAAGCUCAGUUAAUGCAUGGAGUUUGGAAAGAGCUUCAGUUACAGUGGACUACUUACUGAAUUUCAAAUAACUCACACAAGGCAAUUUGAGGGGAAAUGUUAGAGUGGGUUUCAGGGUGCCACUUGAAGGAGGAGAGAGAUCUGCGGGUAGGAGGCAAUGUGCUCAGGGAAAGGAGGGAUAGUGAGAACAAGUGUAUUACAGGCAUGUUAGAUCUGUUUCAUGAAAACUGGUAGAAAACAUUGUUAAUGACAGAAUUCCCUAAUGUGUGGAAUAACAAGUCCUGCUGAAGCAGAAAAAAAGCCCUUGAAGAAAUGGAAUUUGGAGAAGAAUUCAAUAAGGGAAUCCAAUCCAUAUACAGAAUGCAAAAUUAAUCAUCAAUCAGGUGAUAACAAAUCAAUGUAAAAUACAAAAAGGAACCAGACAAGGAUGUCCGUUAUCACCGCAUUUGUUCAUCCUGGUCUUGGAGGUUUUAGCAAGAAAUAUCAGAGCUGACAAAGAGGUGGCAGGAAUAAUAAUAAAGAAAGAUGAUUACAAAUUGAAGGCUUUUGCUGAUGAUAUGGUUAUUACAGUAGAGCAGGCAUCCCCAAAUUUCGGCCCUCCAGAUGUUUUGGACUACAAUUCCCAUCUUCCCCAACCACUGGUCCUGUUAGCUAGGGAUCAUGGGAGUUGUAGGCCAAAACAUCUGGAGGGCCGCAGUUUGGGGGUGUCUGCAGUAGAGGAUCCAAAGAAAUCUCUCCCUAGAGUAAUAGAAAAAAAUCCAAACGUUUGGACAGGUGGCAGGAUUUAAACUCAGCAAAAAUAAAACGAAAUUGAUAGUUAAAAAUCUUAAAGAGAAAAGGAGGAGUUAUCAGUAUCUAUAGAUAUAGAAAUCCACAAAAAGAUAAAAUACUUGGGAAUAUGGUUGACGACAAAGAAUCUCAAUAUUUACAAAGAUAAUUACGAAAAAGUCUGGAAUGAUAUAAAAAGGAAUCUAGAAAUAUGGAACAGGAUAAAUCUUUCCCUCUUAGGAAGAAUUGCAGCAAUUAAAAUGAAUGUACUACCAAAAAUGUUGUUCCUAUUUCAGACAAUACCGAUAAUAAGUAAUAAUGUCUGCUUCAAAAAAUGGCAAGAAUAUAUCCCAAAAUAGGCCAAGGAUAAAACAUAAAAUACAUAUUUAAUAGAAAGAGGAGGCUUUCCCCUUCCAGAUUUUAAGAUUUACUAUGAGGCAGCAUGUCUUACUUGGAUUCGGGAUUGGAUAAAAUUGGGGGUGGAGAGGCAAUACAGUUGGAAGGACAUGAUAACAGAUUUGGUUGGCAUGCGUGCCUGUGUUAUGGGAAAACUAAAGUACACAAAGGAUUUCAUAAUCAUAUAAUAAUAAAAUCAUUAAUAAAGGUAUGGGGGAAAUAUACGUAAAGAAUUACUAGAACCCAACACUCCGUGGUGGUUAUCACCCAUUGAAGCACUAUCAAUUAAAACAUCAACAAUGAAAGAAUGUUAACAUUUAAAACGAUAAAGAAAUGAUAUAGUGGACUCUUAAGAAACAGCAGUAUGAAAUUGUCGUUUAGUCGUAUCCGACUCUUCGUGACCCCCUGGACCAUCGCACACCAGGCACUCCUGUCUUCCGCUGCCUCUCGCAGUUUGGUCAAGUUCAUGUUGGUAGCUUUGAGAACACUUGUCCAACUAUCUCGUCCUCUGUUGUCCCCUUCUCUUUGUGCCCUCAAUCUUUCCCAGCAUCAGGGUCUUUUCCAGGGAGUCUUAGUAUGAAAUAAGGGGAAACAAAACAGAAGUGGAUGUUGGGGGAAGCCCAGGAGGGGAGGGGAGAGGUGUUGUAAUAUAAAUGUUAUUGACAUGAGAUGUAUGUAAUGAUAGAAAAUUUAGGAAAGUGAAUAAAAAUUUAAGAAUAAUAAUAAAAAGGACAAGAGCUGCCGAAAUAAAAGAGAACAUUAUUUAUGUAUGCUACAACAGCAGCAAGAAUUCUCAUAGCACAAAAUUGGAAGACUGGAGAAGUACCAUCUGAAGAACAAUGGCAAGAAAACUGAUGAACUAUGCAGCGUUAGCAAAGUUAACAGACAAACUGCAAGAAAAGGACAAUAGGGACUUAGAAAAAGAAUGGGAACCUUUUACGAUAUAUCUGCAGAAACAACAAAAAAAUGGACUUGUUGGCAGGAUUUAAAUGAACAUUUACAACUUUAUUUACACAAAACAAGAAAUAUAACAAAGUGAUAACAUAGUAUUAUACUGUAUACAAACAACAGAUCAUUUGAUGUAAUAAGCCAGAAAUGGAAGCUGAGGGAAGUGAAUUGAAAAAUGAAUGUUUAGUAUUGAUAUUGGAAAUUUGUUUUGAAAAUGUAAAAUCAAUAAAAAAGAUUAACAAAACAAAAAAAAUCAAAAUAAAGAAAUGCAGGCAAUUUAGUGUCUUGCAUCCUGAACACCAUUAUGAUGUCUGCUAACCUGCCUCUAAGCCCACCGAAGCCUGUUCCCUAGAAUAAUACAGUUAGGACAGCCGGAAAUGUAGGAAGCUUUAACUAAAGUGUUUGUGGAGUUUGGGGGAGCCAAUCAAAAACUUAGCAAUGGGAAAGUAUUGUACUUACUUUUAAUCUUUGUAUGUAAUUGGGUCCUUGCCAGAUAUUUUGAUAUCGUUUCACAAUUUAUUUUCCCAUACAAUCAAUAUAUCCCAAAGUUAUUUAAAUAUAAAGUGAUUUUGAUUUUCCUUUCAAAUUCUCUGCAUGGCAGCAGAAACUCUUUGAUGUGUUCAUUUGUUUCAGCAUUUAUAUCCCUCCUAACUAGGGGACCCAGGUGGCGCUGUGGUUAAACCACUGAGCCUAGGGCUUGCUGAUCAGAAGGUCAGCGGUUUGAAUCCCUGUGACGGGGUGAGCUCCCGUUGCUUGGUCCCAGCUCCUGCCAACCUAGCAGUUCGAAAGCACGUCAAAAUGCAAGUAGAUAAAUAGGAACCGCUACAGCGGGAAGGUAAACGGCGUUUCCAUGUGCUGCUCUGGUUUGCCAGAAGCGGCUUUGUCAUGCUGGCCACAUGACCUGGAAGCUAUACGCCGGCUCCCUCGGCCAAUAAUGCGAUAUGAGCGCGCAGCCCCAGAGUCGGUCACGACUGGACCUAAUGGUCAGGGGUCCCUUUACCUUUAUCCCUCCUAACUAUACAUAAUACCAGGCGCCAAACCCGCUCCGUAGCACGCAGCGUUGCUCUGUAGUGACCUAGGGAUGCAUCCAUUCGUCACUACGGAGCGCCAUGGCUC